AUGAAACAAGCCAAGGGAGACAACCGAUCCCUCCAACAUAAACUUAGUAACUUCUUAUUCAAAUACAGAACCACUCCACACACUUCAACAAGUGAAACCCCAGCAAAGUUGCUGUAUGGUAGAAAUCUGAGGACGCGUUUGGAUUGUAUCAAACCGGAUAUUUCCUCAAGAGUCCUGAAGGGACAGGAUAAGAUGAAGCUCGCUUCUCACUGUGGUUCUAAGGUACGCCAGUUUAAAAUUGGCCAGCAAGUGAUGGUACGCGACUAUCGCGGACUGAGGAAGUGGGUUACAGGUCAAAUUGUACAACAAACUGGUGCACUCUCUUACAAGGUUAACACUGGCAAUGGUAAUAUUUGGCGACAUCACACCGACCAAGUUCGUGCAACACAGGUCACUGCAGAACCGGAACCGGAAGUGCUUGUGCCAUCAUCCACACUGGCACCACCAGUCAACUUAGCACCACCACCAGCUAACCCGGUACCAACAGCUAACACGGCUCCACCAGCCACACUGGAGGUAGUAACGCCGCCAACCAACUCAGUUCCAACAGAGACACGACGCUAUCCAAAGAGGGAGAAUAUUCGUGCCCCUGUGAAAUUGAAUUUGUGA